CAGAGAGAGAGAGAGAGAGAAUUUAUUUCAGUGUCGAAAUAGAGGAGGGAGAGCUAAACAGAACUUUCCGUUAUUUCUGGAGUUGCUGUCCUCUAAAGCUAAGCAUAUUGGACAACACCGAUGAAAGAUUUGAGCUUGUCUCAGCGCCAAGUAAUCUCUUUCGUCUUCCCUCGUAUUUCUCUCAAUUCCCAGUAAACCCAACACUCAAUUUUUCACUUCAAAUUCUACAGGAAACAGGGGAAAACUAAAACCCUUAAAGCAAUUGAGCUUCAUCCUGCUAUUUAGAUUGGUUAGCUAACUAAUUGCUUUGGUUAGUGCGGUUGGCAAUUCAGUUGCUUAAUUAAAAGAUUAAUUUGAUAUAUACAAUGGGAAGUUGAGGCUCGCUCUCGACGGGGACAUAUACAUAUAACAAAAUAAAGGUUUCACUUCUGGUGGUGUAUCCUUGGAACAUAGUGCUGGUUAAAGUUAGUGCGUUGUUGGAGGUGUAGUGUUGAAGAUUGAAUUUGAUGGAAGUGGAUGGAAGUGCCUCAACAGUUUCUAGGGGUGCUCAAUCAAUUCCACUACAAUCCAGGCGGCAGAGAGCUUUCUAUCAGUUUGCACAGCAGAGCCUCCCCGCUUGUAAACCUGUCCUCACACCAGCAUGGGUGAUUACUACAUUUUUAUUGGUUGGUGCCAUUUUCAUACCUGUUGGGCUUAUUACACUUCAUGCCUCCCAGAACGUUGUAGAAAUUGUGGACCAAUAUGAUACAGAGUGUGUCCCGGAGGCAUACAAGAGCAAUAAGGUGGCCUACAUCAAAGAUAACUUAAUCUCCAAAAACUGUUCUCGGUACUUGAAGGUUUACAAGCAUAUGAAAGCUCCAAUUUAUAUCUACUAUCAGCUUGAUAACUACUAUCAAAACCACCGACGGUAUGUCAAAAGUAGAAGUGAUCAGCAGCUUUUACAUGGAUUGGGUUUCAAUGACACAAGCUCCUGUAAACCUGAGGAGUCCAAGAAUGGUCUUCCAACUGUUCCUUGUGGCUUGAUAGCGUGGAGUUUGUUUAAUGAUACCUAUACUUUUAUUCGUGGAAGAACUGAAUUAAAAGUCAACAGGAAGAACAUAGCAUGGAAGAGUGACCGUGAUCACAAAUUUGGGAAGCAUGUAUAUCCCUUUAAUUUCCAGAACGGGACCUUGAUCGGUGGUGGAAAGCUAGAUCCAAGAAUUCCUCUAAGCGAUCAAGAAGAUCUUAUUGUAUGGAUGCGGACAGCUGCGCUCCCCAGUUUCCGGAAGCUGUAUGGUAGAAUUGAAGAGGAUUUGGAUGCAGAUGAUGUUCUAGUAGUCAAUCUAACGAACAACUACAAUACUUACAGUUUUGGUGGGAAAAAGAAGAUUGUCCUUUCAACAUCAAGCUGGUUAGGAGGAAAGAAUGACUUCCUUGGGCUUGCCUAUACUUUUGUUGGUUCGACUUCCAUAUUCAUCUCUAUUGUCUUCUUGUUGCUACAUAUGAAAAAUCCAAGAACUCUUUAAUUGCCGUAACUGGGUUGCCUUCUCAAAUUUUCCCUGCCACUGGUUGCAAUACUGAUUUGGCCCUAUAGGGAAAGACCUUAUCUGCCUUGGAACAAGCAGAGCGUUUCCAGCAGAAGAUGUGAUGAUACUUUAUGAAUAGUUUGAAUCGUGUGGAUUUAAUGUAACUUCAACACCUACACGUGAAUUAUCAAAAUGUCGAGCGAUUUCAAAAUGUACUUGCAAAAGAGAAAGGGGUUCUUUUUUGUGUAAUAUAGAAGAAAAACAGCAUUCGAGCUAGUUACAUGUUGUACAUGCUACAGAAUUUGUUCAGUCAUUGAUGACUGGUUUUCUCUGUAUUCUUGUACUAUAAGAUGAAAAAUUAGUUUGGAUGAAACUUUGUAUUCAAAUGGGGGUGAAUGGAGCUUGGUUUCUAUUUUCAAUAA